AUGGCUUCACAAUAUCCUCCAGAAACCCACGGCGGCGUCGUAACCUCCUGGGUACCCAUCACAACAGCUUGGCCAUCACAGUCGGGCUGCGACCAAUCAUUUUGGAGCUAUGUCCCCUCGACGAUAGCGGGCUGGGAUCCUGGUUAUGGUAUAAGCGUUGAACCUACUCUCUCCUGUUUACCGGAGGGUGCGACGGCCUGGUGGAAUCAGGCACGACUGGGUCCAAAUAGCAACACGAAGAUCAGCAUUGGCCCUAUAGUAUGUCCAGAAGCAUACACAACGGCAACGACGUCGGCGCAGGAUGCCACGAGCACUUUAGUCGCGUGCUGUCCAUCGGGCUAUACCUUUGCAAGAUUACUCCAAGACGGCAAUACCGGCGAAUGCGUUUCCGAACUUAACCCCGGACAAGUUAUAACGUAUGCUGUUCGCAAUCAAUUCCAAAGCUGGUUCUUAACUACCCUAAGUCUUGAGUCCUCGACAACCAUAGCUGGUAUACAACUUAACGGAUGGAAUGUGGCAACCGUGUCAUCGUCCGCAAUCCCCUCUACCACAACGGCUUCACCAACCACGGAUACAUCAUCGGGCAACACCUCAAGUGAUAUCAGCGAAAAUACAAAGAUUGGGAUUGGUCUUGGAGUCUCCUUAGGUACUCUGGGAUUGGCUGCGCUGUUUGCUGGAAUCUACUGGUUGUUUCGACGACGAAUAUUAAGCCGAGUGCGAGAAGCUAAAGCGCAGCCUAUCUUAUCAAAUGUGGAAGGCAAGCAGGAGCUGGAUUCAUCAACGAGGGCGGAGCUUCCAGGUGGUUGA